GGAGUUGGGGCAGGGUCCGGGAGGGGGUGGCGGACGUUAGAAGGCGAAGAACCGCUUCACUGAUUAUCUGCAGCUGCAGCAGCGGGGACUAAGGCGUACCACCCAGCGGGACCAUGUCUGACAAGCGGCCUGUAGCGACCGACCCAAAAGGCAGGCGGCUCGCGGACUCCUUCAAUGAUAACCCCAGCAAGGGCCUUGGUUGUUGUGGAUGGAUUCUGGUGGCUGUAUCCUUCUUCUUCACAGUUAUUACCUUCCCAUUCUCAGUGUGGAUGUGCAUAAAGAUCAUAAAGGAAUAUGAGAGAGCUAUCAUCUUCAGACUGGGUCGAAUUCUACAGGGAGGAGCCAAAGGGCCAGGGCUCUUCUUUAUCCUGCCUUGCACUGACAGCUUUAUCAAAGUGGACAUGAGGACCAUUUCAUUCGAUAUUCCUCCUCAAGAGAUUCUCACCAAGGACUCUGUGACUGUCAGUGUGGAUGGAGUGGUCUAUUACCGUGUCCAGAACGCCACCCUGGCAGUGGCUAACAUCACCAAUGCUGACUCAGCCACCCGCCUCCUGGCACAGACCACCCUGAGGAAUGUCCUGGGCACAAAAAAUCUCUCCCAGAUCCUCUCUGACCGGGAGGAGAUUGCCCAUAACAUGCAGGCCACUCUGGAUGAUGCCACUGAUGACUGGGGGAUAAAGGUGGAGCGAGUGGAGAUUAAAGAUGUGAAGUUACCUGUGCAGCUGCAGAGGGCCAUGGCUGCAGAGGCUGAGGCUUCCCGGGAGGCCCGAGCCAAGGUCAUUGCUGCAGAAGGGGAGAUGAAUGCUUCUCGGGCCUUAAAAGAAGCAUCAAUGGUCAUCACUGAGUCCCCAGCCGCUCUCCAGCUGCGCUACCUGCAGACCCUGACAACCAUCGCUGCAGAGAAAAACUCAACCAUUGUCUUUCCGCUGCCCAUAGACAUGCUUCAGGGCAUUGCAGGGAUAAAGCACUAGGCUUGCCUAGGACUGGGCAGAGCCAAGCUGCCCAGAAGGAAGGCUGAGCUGGGGAACCAAAGUAGCCUUUAGUCUGCAGAGUGAAUGGGGUGAGGGAGCUUUCACCCCUUUCUCCUCCUUCCCUUUCUUCUCCUUUCUGUCCUGAUAUGCCGAGUUUGAUGUGCGUAGACUAUCUAGUGAUCAUAAGAACAAGCCAAUGAAUCAUUAGCUUUGGUGACUUUUGAAAGAGAUCAGACAGCUGGAUGAUUUAUGAUAUUUUAUGCUUUUCAUGCUUUUGAUAAUCCUUUUGUAGCUCAAAUAUCUCUUUUGGUUGAGUCCGUCCAUUGCUCAUCUCGGCAGCCCAGGGAAAGGGCAAGCACUAACACCUUCCCAUCACCCUCACUCUCUUUCCCUUACCCACAUUUACUAAGCUCAAGCUAGAAAGUGAUACCAGCACAUAAUGAAAACACAGAGUAUUAGAACGUGAAAUGGUAGGGCUGGAAGGGACCUUUAGGGAUCCUAAGAGGAGUACGUUGGACCAAAUAAUCUUUAAGACUCUUCCUAGUUCUAAAUCUAGUUCUAUCCCUUCAUUUUACAUGGGAAAAAAUUGAGGCCUAGAGAGGAGAAAAGAUUUGCCUAAGGCCACACAGUGAGGGAGUUGCAAAGCCACUAGGAUGCUAGGUCUCUUGAUACCCAGGCUGGGGUCCUCCUUUCUGCUCAACAGCUGUUGCCUCCUGCUCUGAUAGGGGACUCUAUUCCAAACUCCACACUAGUUAUCUUAUAGGAGGCCUCCGUUCAAAGGACAAUUUCUCAGUGGUCCCUUUCCCUAACUUCCCCCGUUGAACUCAAACUGUAUUUUGAACUCGGUCCCCUUUGUUGAAAGAGGCCUCUUGCUUCUUCAUCAUGGGGAGAGACUAGAGUUUUCAGACCCUGCCCUUGAUACCAGAGAUGGCUAUAUUCCGCUGCCUUGAAAGACGUCACUGGCUUCUUGUUGUCAUGGCUGCAGACUGGUAGUCAUGGAGAUGAUAACAUCAGAGCCCCAUUUCUGCCAUUCAGAAAGAUUAAGCCAACCUUUCUAAACCUCUAAGAUCUUUUUAUGAAUCUGCCAUCACUUCUGUCCUUUGCAAAAAGAAGUUUGUUUUUUUCAUUGAUCUGAGUCUCUUUAGUGAGUGAGCGACGUGUUGGCCUUCUUACAAAGCAGCUGAAACCCCUUCCCAGAAGUGCUUUAUUAUCUUAGACUUUCCUAUCUUCAAGCAUCAGGUUUAAAAUCGUUUUGUAUUCUGAUUUUUUAAAAUGAACCUUUCUCUAACUUCUAUAAGCCGACUUUUGUAGAUCUCUUUCUGUACCUUUAGAACUCGAUGUGGUUGUCUUAAAAAAAAGUUACAGGAGAACAAUGUGCUUUAUAGACAUCAUGAUUUCAUGUUAUGUAUAUACUACCGUGAGGUGUCCUUGGUUUGUGAGGACUUAUGGAACAAUUUCCCUACCUUUGCUGAGGGUUCUGUGGAUGGAAACAGCCUCUAUGUGUUCCUUGUACCCACUGUUAGAUUUAAGGGCUAAGUGGGGAGGGCCCAGGGAAUAACCCCUGGAAACUAGAAGUUUAAAUACGCAUUCAAUUCCAUUUCAUCAGUCUGCCUCACUUUUUUUCCCUUCCUGUAUUUCACACUGAGAAAAUUAAUUAAUACCUAGUACUCUUCCCACUGAUAAAUAGGCAGUGGUCUAUUUCACACUUCCUCUGAGGCUUGGGGCUGACCUGGAAACAUCCUAGGGUAAAGGCUUCUUUACACAAAAUCCUCUGUGCUCCAAUUCUCAAGUUUAGACAUAGUCAUUCAUUCCCCUGGCUGAUUUGCCAUCAUUUUUUUUCUUCCUCCCAGUUAGGGAUUUUUUUUUCAUUUACUUUGUGGGUCUCUUGGGCUUUUUUCUUUUUUAAAUAUAGAACACAAAAUUCGUAGUUAUAUUUUUUUAAUUUAAAGUUUUUAUGUUUUUGUUACCCACUUCUAAAAAGGCUUUCCUACCCUACCCUAUCCCUCACCCCUUAAACAGGUCUGUUGACCAAAGAAACUAUAUAUUCUGGCUGUGUGCUCAGUUCUCUGUCUCACACUUGUGGAGUUUACGAUUUUCCCUGGUUGCUUUAACUCUAGAUCCCAAGCUGCCUUCCCUUGUCUAUUUUAGAGAUAUCACAGAACAAUAGCUUUGGGUGGAAAAGCUUGUUUAGGGACUGGACUGGAAGCUGAAGACCGAGGAUUCUCCCAAGGGGACCUUAAUAAAUUAUCGUGUGCCUCUCU